UCCUUGUCCCUGCAGGAGCAGCGCUACCUCAGCUGCUCGUCCCUGAAGAAGGACAUCAGCCUCCACUGGCACGCCCUGACCGUCUUCCUCUGCACGGCGCUGUUCCUCAACGCCUCCGCCGCCGUGCUCAUCUCCAGCGGCCUGGCUCUCAGGAGGCUCCUGGGCAGCCGCGGGGACCCCGAGUUCUGGGCGCAGGCCCGGCGGGGGGCGAGGGGCGUCACGGCGGUGGCGCUGGCCUACGUCCUCAGCUUCGUGCCCUACCACGUGGUCCGCACGCCGUACACGCUGGCCCAGACCAGGGUCAUCACAGACUGCCAGACCAGGAGGCAGCUGUUUCUGGGGAAGGAGUCCACGCUGCUGCUGAGCGUGCUGCACCUCUGGGUGGACCCCCUGCUGUGCUACUACCUCUACCCCCCCUUCAGGCAGACGCUGCGCCAGAUGUUUUCCCGCGGCAGGAAGCCGGCGCCCAGCGACGCAGCGGACCAGCCUGCAGAGGAAAUGACCUCACUGGCCGCUUCUGUUCAGCAGGAGGACGCCGUCCAACCCCAGAUGGAUGAAGGACAGAAAGACUAGCAGACUCUAAAAUAU